UAAUAACUAUUUGCCCAAUUGCACAACUCUCUUAUAACAUGACCGUGGACGAGCACGAGCACAAGAACAAGAACAAGCAAAAGCAGAACACAUCUCUGUUAAGCCGCUUAAGGAUGGUGGUGCGCAAGGUGAGGCUCCUAUUAAGCUCCACCCUACUCAGCCACACGUGGCAUGCUGCAACCGUACUCCGCCGAGCUUCUCCGACCAAACGCAACCUUAGUUUCAACGAUCGACCCGGAUUGAUUCAAUGUUCGGAGGAAACUGGUUCGGAGGGUUCGGUUUCUUCUCCUCCUGGCCUUCAGAGGACCAUAAGCUGUCCUUCAGAUGAUGAUAUUGAUAAAAGAUCAGAGAUUUUCAUAGCUAACUUCAGAAAGCAGCUUCAGAUGGAGAGGCAAAUCUCCUUGCAGCUACGUUAUCGCAGGGAGAAUAGUUUUGAAUUGGUCUCUCCACGAUUAUGUUGAGUUUGAUUUUGGUUUCUUGAGUUUGAGGUUUACUUGAUGAUGGAGGACUUUGUGUUUUUUCGAAAAAGGAUCUCUAUUAUGAUCAAGUCAACGUGAAGUGAUGGCUGGUUUUCUAUGAAGGCUUUGCAAUUUGCAUCGAUGGCCGAGAGAACAUGUAAAAACAAAUUCUGAAUUUUUUAUCUUUACUCGGGGUGAUAUAUAAGAAGGCAAAAUUCUUUUGUUAGUGUAUGAAGUUUUGAAGUUUUGGGAUUGUUUUAAAUCUUCUGUAAUAAUUUGCCGCAAUAAGAGGAGCCUGGGAACAUCUGAUGUUUUUGUUAGUUGUUCCUUCGCUCUCGUAUAUUUCAGUAUUUGCUUCUUUCUUAUUGUCC